AUGAGCUUUGGGUUUGGUAUCGGGGACUUCCUCGCAGUCAUCAAACUCGCCAACGAGACUCGAAAAGCGUUUGUCGAAGCACCUGUUCAAUUUAAGAGCAUUUCCGAUGAAGUCAGAAGCCUCUCACUUGUACUGCAAGAUGUAGAGAUCGAUAUAUCCGCGAAGGAGCUUAGCAGUCAGCAACAGGCUGAGCUACACGAACUAUCAAGGGGUUGCCACGAGGUCCUUGCCGCCAUUUUGAAGAAAAUUGAGGACUACACGGAGCUGUCGACAACAAAUGAUGGAAAACGAAACAUCGCGAAGCGAGUGUGGAAACGCCUGAAAUGGGAACCAACCGAUGUCCAAGAACUCCGCCUUCGAAUAGGCACUAACAUCGCACUCCUGACUGCAUUCAAUGGACAAAUAAUGAAACGCAGCGUGGCAAAACUGGUCCAGCAUCAAGAUGAGGUAGAGCGUCAGAAAGUCCUUGAUUGGCUCUCGCCGUCAAACUAUGCCACCCAGCAAAGUGACUACAUUAGUCGACGUGAGCAAGGUACUGGACAGUGGUUCCUGGACUCCUCCGAAUUUGAAGAUUGGGUCUCCGGUUCAAAGCAAACGCUCUUCUGUCCUGGUAUUCCAGGUGCCGGGAAAACCAUUCUAGCGUCUAUCGUGAUUGAUGAGCUCAACGAUCAAUUUGCAAAUGGACGCGAGGAUGUUGUUAUUGCAUAUCUCUACUGCAAUUUCAAGCGACACGAUGAGCAAAGCGCUAUUGGGUUGUUAUCAAACAUUUUGAAACAAUUGGCUCAGUCACAGUCAUCGUUGCCUAGUAGCAUCCAAGGGAUGUAUGCUAAACAUGUCGCGAAAGGAACAAGACCUUCAAUAGGCGAAGUAUCCGAGACCAUCCAAUUACUAUCACAACCUAGCAAUUUUGCAAAGGUCUACAUCGUAAUUGACGCUUUGGAUGAGUGUCAGAUGCAUGAUGGAUCGCGAACAAGACUCUUGGAUACGAUAUUUGAACUUCAGGAUGCUUGCGAUAUAAACCUUCUCGCAACUUCCCGAUUUAUUCUUGAAAUAACUGAAAGGUUCAAAGAAAAGGCCGCACUUGAAAUCCGUGCUAGCACGGUAGAUGUCAUGCGAUAUCUUCGUGGAAAUUUGGCAAUGCUCCCAGCAUUUGUUUCACGAAAUCCGGAAUUGCAAACGGAGAUUUCGACAGAGAUAACCAGAGCUGUUGAUGGAAUGUUUCUACUCGCCCAGCUUUACCUCAACUCCUUGGUCGGGAAAAGAUCACCUAAAGCAAUCAGAUCCGCGUUGAAAGACAUAUCAUCAAGUACAAAGCAAUACGAUUCCGCCUAUGGCGAUGCAAUGAAACGAAUUCAAGGACAGGUGUCUGAUCAAACAGAAUUGGCCAUGCAAGUCCUCGCAUGGAUCACUUGUGCCAAGAGACCUCUCACUACGGCAGAACUGCAAAGUGCACUAGCGGUCGAAAUAAACGAGUCAGAUUUUGACGAGGAUAAUAUCCCCGAUAUAAUCGAUAUGGUCUCGGUUUGUGCCGGUUUGGUGACAAUCGAUGAACAAAGCAAUAUCAUUCGACUGGUGCAUUAUACAACCCAGGAAUUUUUCCAGCGCAAUCACUCAACUUGGUUCCCAAAGGCAAAUUAUGAUAUUGGCAGCAUCUGCGUGGCAUAUUUGUCAUAUGAUACUUUCAAAACAGGACAUUGCCAAACAACAGAAGAGUUUACAUCGCGCCUAUAUCACUAUCCUUUUGGGGAUUAUGCAGCUGCUUUCUGGGCUAGUCACGUCCGAGAGUGCGAAGCCGAUAGGGAACAAUCUAUAAUCGAGGAAGCCAUCGUUGCACUACUGCUAGACACACCGAAAGUCAGCUCCUGUAUUCAGUUCAUGUCCUCUAUAUAUGCCUAUCUCCCCUCAAACAUGAUGCGUUUUGGGAGUAAUCACUAUCCACUAAGUACCUCGCAGAUUGCUACAGGUCUGCAUCUUGCGGCUUACUUUGAAUUGCUUGAUGUGACCCAAAAGUUGAUUUCACUUGGCGGUUCGGUGAACUGUGUUGAUGCUAUUGGAAAGACCCCUUUAUCAUGGGCAGCGCAACUUAACCGCCUAGAUGCUAUAACAUUACUCCUAGCACAUGGCGCAGAUCCAGACAUCAAAGACAGCCGAGGCGACACACCCCUAUUUUUGGCAGCUGAGCGGCGCCACGAACAAGCAGUGCAGUUACUACUCGAAGCAAACUGUGAUUUGAUGUCUAGUGACAACGGUGGUCAAUCACCACUUCAUGCUUCGGCCAUAAGUGGAUCAGAGAAGAUCACCCGUCUUCUUUUACAGCGAGGGCUUACACACCGGAAAGGUCGAUACGACCACUCUCCAUUGUAUGAGGCCGCAUAUUACGGUCACUUAAAUCUGGUGCACCUUUUUCUUGACUGGGAUCUGGACGUUAAUCUCCAAGAUAUUGAAUUGAAUGCCUCAAUCUCAGCGGCAGCGCGGUCUGGGCAUGGCGCAAUAGUUCAGCUUCUCCUAGACAGGGGCGCCGACCCCAAUAAUACCGAUUAUUAUGGUGACACACCACUCAUAUGCGCAUCAAUUCGAGGCUUUACGUCGGUAAUACAACUCUUGCUGAAGUGGGGCGCUGAAUUGGAAAUCAAAUCCCCCAAGGGUCGGACCGCACUAAGUUGGGCAGCAGCCUGUCAUAGUACAGAAGCGAUUCAGCUUCUCCUAGAGAAUGGCGCUGAUAUUAACUCCGAGGAUAAUGAUGGCCGUAGUGUGGUUUUCUAUGCAGCCUCAACGAACAGAUAUAACAAUCUGACUGCUCUUUUUUCUUCGACCAAGAUCAGAAACGCCCAUCAACCCGAUCGAUAUGGCCAAACACCUCUACAUGUUGCUGUAACCCACGGUAAUUUACAAUUGGUUCUCACACUGCUGAAAAGUAACGGUGUUGAUUGCGAGGCUCAAGAUGAGUUUGGUCGCACAGCACUAAUUCAGGCGGCAAUCUGUGAGAGUACAGAAGUGAUGCAGGUUCUGCUAGAGAAUGGCGCUGAUAUUAACUCUGAGGAUAAUGAUGGUCGCGGUGUGGUUUUCUAUGCAGCCUCAACGAACAGAUACAACAAUCUGACUGCUCUUUUUACUUCGACCAAGAUCAGGAACAUCCAUCAACCCGAUCGAUAUGGCCGAACACCUCUACAUGUUGCUGCAAUCCGCAGUCAUUUACAAUCAGUUCUCACACUACUGAAAAGUGACGGUGUUGAUUGCGAGGCUCGAGAUAAGUUUGGUCGCACAGCACUAUCCGAUUCUAUAAUGCGAAAGAGAUUUGGUGUUGUGAAAGUCCUAAAGACAUUUUCUGAGACAAUGUCUCAAUUGACGAUUGACUCAGUGGUUGAGAACACGACAAUAUUGUGUGAUGUUUGCAUGGUUUAUAUGAGGGAGGGGGAGACUUCCUACCAUUGCGAUACUUGUUAUGGAGGGGACUUCGAUAUCUGCCAAGUGUGCCAUGAUGUUGGGGCACGAUGUCUAGAUGGAUCUCAUGAAAUGGAUUUCAUAGAGUUACAGCCCCAAAGAGAGUCUACUCCUAGGCCGAAGAACCAUAUGUUGCUGCGGAGAAAUCGGAACUCACCCACCUCACCCAGUCUUCGGCCAAAUCAUAAUGAACAGGAAGACGGUGGAAUCAUCCAUCACUGGCAAACUACUGGGCCUGAUAUUCGAACAGGAGCUACAGCUAGAAGGCAGACGUACACCCAAAUCAUCAAGCGACCAAAGUGA